GACAGCAGGGACUAUAAAUAUCUGAGUUUCUGGCUGUGGCUUUGUGGAGCUGCCCCGGCUGAGCAAGAGAAAGGAAGCAAGCUAGUUGGAAGGGGUUGUGACAGCCCCAGCAAUGUGGAGAGGCCUGGGGCUGGCCCUGGCUCUUUGUCUCCUCCCCACGGGAGGAACAGAGAGCCAGGGGCAAAGCUCCUUUUGUAAGCAACCUCCAGCCUGGAGCAUAAAGGAUCAAGACCCCAUGCUGAACUCCUAUGGUUCAGUGACGGUGGUUGCUCUUCUUCAAGCCAGCUGAUACCUGUGCAUACUGCAGGCAUCUAGAUUGGAAGACCUGCGAGUAAAACUGGAGAAAGAAGGAUAUUCGAACAUCUCUUAUGUUGUUGUUAAUCAUCAAGGAAUCUCUUCUCGAUUAAAAUAUGUGCAUCUUAAAAGUAAGGUUUCAGAGCAUAUUCCUGUUUACCAACAAGAAGAAAACCAAACAGAUGUCUGGACUCUAUUAAAUGGAACGAAAGAUGACUUCCUCAUAUAUGACAGAUGUGGCCGCCUUGUAUAUCAUCUUGGUUUGCCUUAUUCCUUCCUAACUUCCUCACAUGUAGAAGACUCCAUUAAGACUGUUUACUGUGAAAGUAAAUGUGGAAACUGCUCUCUCAAGACACUGGAAGAUGAAGGCUUCUGUAAAAAUGUAUCUUUGGCUACUGAGGAAAAAACAACCGAGGCUCCACAGCCUCAGCCCCAUCCCCAUCCCCAUCACCAUCCCCAUCACCAUCUUGAGGACGGUCAUCUUUCAGAGUAUCCAAAACCAGAAGCACCAGAUAACCCGGAGCAUCCCCCUCCUUCAGGUCUUCAUCGCCACCAUAGGCACCGGGGUCACCAAAGACAGGGGCACUCAGAGAACUGAGAUACAUUACAACUUUCUCUUCCGCAAAAGAAGCUCUGACGAAGGGGAUGCAUAAAUCAGUUACUCUGAAAAUUUCCCAAAGAUUCAGAAUCAGCUCUGAGUAGCUGAUGCUGACACUGCCGACAUCUGAUAUUUGAAAAAACAGGGUCUGCAGUCACCUGACAGUGUAAAGAAAACCUCCCCUCUUUAUGUAGCUGACAGGGCCUUCUGGCAGAGGAGCACGUCACUGAAUCUUGACAGUGACGUUUGCCUCCAGCUGCCUGCCAGGCAAGUCAGCAGCUCAACCCUACAGAAGCCAGCACCAAAUGAAGCUGAGAAAAGAAGGCAGAAAUGUGAAAAUGACCUUCAAAUUAAAUAUUUAAAAUCGGAUAUACUGCCUAAGUCGGUCUAGACAAUUACAUUUCCAGCAUUUUUAUAAGCUACCUAAUUAAUAGUGAUCCAAAAGUAGGAAUUGGAUUUGUGUAAACAUGGAGAAAUUGGCUUCCACAUUUUAAAAUUUAAGUCAAAAAAUUUUGACCCCAACCAUAUUUUUAUUACAGGGCAACUGAAAGGUGGUUGCAGCAUUUGGUUAAUAUGUUUUUCUUUUUCUUUCUCCAGCAUUCUACUUGCAUUAAUGAGAACAGAAACAUAAACUAUGACCUAGGGGUUUCUGUUGGAUAGUCGGCAGCUUAGAAUGGAGGAAGAACGACAAAGACAUGUUUUCCAUUUUUUUCUUUACUUAUUUCUCAAACAAUAUUAUCUUUGUCUUUUUAAUCUUACGAUUUUUAACAAAUUAAACCUUUAAAGAAAGAAGUGAUUUCUGUCUUUUCAGAUCCAGAAAUACUCAUACAUGAAUAUUUUGCUAUGAUUACAUUUUAGAUAUCCAUUUAUACUUUUUUUUUACAUCCAAGACUCAUAUCUUGAUUUUUACUAUCACAUAUGAAUUAAGUCUUUAUAUCUUGCUUUCUUUAUCUGGCAUUGUAUCAUACUCUUUAAAAUUUAAGAUUGCCAGUCUUGAAAGAUAGAUGGGAAACGAUAAAAGAAUGUUGUCUAUCUCUUGAUUGCUUAGAAAGUACUUCCAUAGUCAAUGAUGGUUCAAUAGGUAAACUAAGUCCUAUAAACCUGAACUUUUUUAUGGUUAAUACUAUUAAGCAAGAAUGCAGAACGCGAUUGGCAAAAGUGUGCAUUUGUUUAAAUAAACUCAAUGAAGUUUAAA